CGGAAGUAGGUCUCGUUACAGUUUUCCUAGAGGCUGCGAUAAAGUUUGCUGCGGCGCGUGAGGUACGGAGGCCUCCGGCGGUUUGAGAAUUAAAGUUUCCGCUCGAUUUUAGGAACAAUUGAGAGCUAGGGAUUGACGAUGGAUACCCAGAAGGAUGUGCAGCCGCCAAAACAGCAGCCAAUGAUAUAUAUCUGUGGAGAAUGUCACACAGAAAAUGAAAUAAAAUCCAGGGAUCCAAUCAGAUGUAGAGAAUGCGGAUAUAGAAUCAUGUACAAGAAAAGAACAAAAAGAUUGGUGGUCUUUGAUGCCCGAUGAAAUCUACUUCAGAGUAAAAGCUUCAUCUACUCCUGGUUUUCCCACACCCAUUUCAAAUUGUAUAGCUUUCAGGUUAUAUGCUAUAAUACUCUUCCAUUCUAUAGAUAUAAAUUAUUUUUAAAAUAAAAAUUUCAAAUGUAGUGUAAAA